AUGCAUUUUAUGCCUUGCUGUUUCUUUUGCGGAAAAAUACAGAUCUGAUUACUGAUCUCUUCACAUCACCGCACAGCAAUUUUAUUCUGCUGUUUUAAUUUGCAUCUCUUCCAUUGAUUUCACCAUUUUUAUGUGUACAUAUAUCAUCUAUGAUUUAAUUAUCUUUUACUGUUUUCUUAUCUUCGAUAGCAUGAAGGGACGCUAUGCGAUAUGCAUCAAAUGAUAAAUGUCUUUUUUCCCCCUAUCAUCAAUUUUUGUGUUCUUCCCCACGCUAGACCCAUGCCACCAACGCCUCUCUCUCCCUCUCUCUCUCUCUCUCUCACACACACACACACACUCUCCGUGAACUCCCUCCUCCCCAUCGACAUCCACCCUCAGUGUGAGUGGCCGAGCUUCUGCGUGUGCCCAAGUCGGCCGGCAGUCAUCCCCGGGCAUCGGUCCAAAUUGAUGGCGACCACUCCGGACGGCAGCACAGACCGCAGACCGAUAAGGAGACUGCGCUCCAAGAACGAGACCCCGUACCUCGUUAAAGCCCGGCUCUCCUUCAACCUGCGGACAGCUGAGGAGGUGGAGAGGCUGGCCGCCAUGCGCUCCGAGUCCAUGCUCUCCGGCACCCACACUCCACCCAUCCGCCGGCGGAGCAAGUUCGCCACUCUGGGACGCCUCCUCAAGCCCUGGAAAUGGAGGAAGAAGAAGAGUGAGAAGUUCAAGCAGACAUCCGCUGCUCUGGAAAGGAAGAUGUCAAUGCGACAGAGCAGAGAUGAGCUGAUCAAGAGAGGAGUUCUGAAAGAGAUCUUUGAAAAAGCGACCGUUGAGUUUGGAUCCUCGAUGGACGGCAGAGUCCGCACUCAGGAGUCCUCUAUGAAGUCAUCCAUGGUCCUGCCCACCAAGAAAUCUGUCACCUACUCGAGUGACCUUCAGGACAACCCGGCCAAGCCGCCGCCGUACCACAAGCAGCCUCCCGCUCUCCCCCCGAAGCCUUUCUCCAGGAUCCCAAACCACGGCACAGAUUCCUGCCAGCCAAUGAAGUUGCCCUGCAUGCACGGCGGGAAGCACUCUCCGCCUCUGCCUCCCAAGAAAGUGAUGAUCUGCGUGCCUCCGGGGGGACUGGACUCCUCCGGCUCCCCGUCUCCGUCCCCCACCCCCCUCUGUGCGCUCUCCCAAAAGUGCGGCCCCCCCCAGGGCGGGCCCCUGCACCACCACGGCCUGCUGCCCUCCCAGCUCGCCGCGUUCUCCGGCCUCCACCAGAGCCACGGCCACCCGUUCCAGCUCCAGUACGGCAGCUUGCACGCGCCCAGCCGCAUCAUCGAGGAGCUCAAUAAAACCCUGGCGCUCUCCAUGCAGAGGUUUGAGAGCUCGGCGUUGCACGGCUUCGGCCAGUGUCUGGCCCUGGACAGGAGAGAAGUGCCGUCUGUGAUCCUCGACUACGAGGACGACAAGGAGAACAUGCCCAACGAGUGCGACUACGAGGAUCUGCCCAGCAUGUACAAGGACGAGGAUGACGACGACGACGAAGAUGACGACGAGGACGACGACGAAGAUGACGAUUCCAUAUUUACGAGUACCCUGGCCAAGAAGGUGCUGAGGAAAGACUCCCUGGCCAUCAAGCUGAGCAACCGUCCAUCCAAGAGAGAGCUGGAGGAGAAGAACAUCCUGCCCAUGCAGACCGAUGAGGAGAGGCUGGAGUCCAGGCAGCAGAUCGGCACCAAGCUCAAGAGGCGCUUGAGUCAGAGGCCGACGGCGGAGGAGCUGGAGCAGAGGAACAUCCUCAAACCUCGCAACGAGCAGGAGGAAAUGGAGGAGAAGAGGGAGAUAAAACGGAGGCUGACUCGAAAGCUGAGCCAGAGGCCCACGGUGGAGGAGCUGAGACAGGCCAAGAUCCUCAUCCAAUUCAGUGACUACGUGGAGGUGUCCGACGCCCAGGACUACGACCGGCGGGCCGACAAACCCUGGACCCGGCUCACAGCCGCCGACAAGGCCACUAUACGGAAGGAGCUCAACGAUUUCAAGAGCCACGAGAUGGAAGUGCACGAGUCAAGUCGCCAUCUAACCAGGUUUCACAGACCAUAGCAGACCACCACUGUCUUGAGCGGUGCCGGACCGGCGCUCUCCUCCACUGAGAACCUUAAGUGCUGGACAGUCAAAUGGUGCCCGUUUCUACAACAAGGCCAUAUCCUCUGAGAUGCCUUUUUUCCCCCCAAGAGCCACACACAUGAGUCGGUACGACGCAUACAGGACGCAGGCGCCAACCAACCCCACCCUCCCCUCCAUCCACUGACGUAGCACACAAAUGACUCCGGCUGAUUCCCCCCCCCCCUCCCCCUGUGGAUUGAGCUCGUUUAUUUUUUUUUGGUUCCGAUCGACCGACCGACCAACGCUUCAGACACGGGCGACCGUACCCGUGCUCAUCGCCACACCGCCGGACUCGUCUCAGUGGGCGUGUUUUUAAUCCCCCCCCCCCCCCCUCCCCACCCCCCGUGGACCCCUCCAGGCCUCGCGGAGAACUCUGUGCGACGAUGCAGAGUCGAUUUUGUUUUGAGCUCGCUGCGUCUUUGUUGCACCUGCUGGGACUUGGAGAGACACGCUGGACGGGAGGAAGGGUCCAAUGUAGGAAUGAUGUGCAAUACUUCCUUUCCUCUGCUUGUCCUAGGCUAUGUCCCCCCCUAGAGUCCCCUCUGAGUCAUUGCUAUGUAGUUCCCCCCCCCCCCC